AUAUCAGUUUAGAGGGUGAAUUGAGAGGACGCCCAUAUAAUCUAAAGGUCUUCCCUACAGCUGCUGGCCCAGAGAUCUGAACUAGCCUGCAUUUUCAGGAAGGUGUAUUUACAGAUGGUCUGGUUAUCUUGUAAAUCUGUUUCCUGCCCUUACCUCCUGGAGAUGAACAGAAUGCAUGACCUGUUUACCAUUGGCAGGGGUGAGGCCAUGUUGCAGCUCAUUCCUCCUUUCCAGUGCCGAAGACACUGCCAGUCUGUGUCGAUGCAGCUAGAACCAGGGGACAUCGCGCCCAGUAGGUGUGACCUGCGUGCAACCAGUUGUUCUGCUGAGGCUAUGGCCUACGGUUCUGCCCCUCCAGGACCUGUCCACAACAAGAGAGGGAUUGUGGAAAUCACACAGCUCUUCUCCUGAGUCCCUAUCACCGAGAGAAAGGAGGCUUUCCCAAGGACUCUGAGGGGAGAUGAAUGCUGGGUGUGGACUCAACUCUGGUCGAGACUCAAGCCACCCAGCCCUCCCCAGGACACUGUGUGAGCCAGGCGAGGCCUCCAGACACAGCCCCUCCCGUCCCACCCCAGCCAGGGUGGUGCUUGUGUGGAAAGGACUUUAAAUUCAACUGCCAGACCUUGCACAGGAGAAGCAGAGAGGGCUGGCCACCAUGCUCAGCUCCCGAAGCCUCCUGGUGCUCCUGCUGCGGUUGUUGUUUUUGCUAGUGGCCACAAAAGGAAUGAGAUAUGCCAUCAGACCUGAGGAGAAAGACGUGUUGGUGGUACUGCAUAACCUCUACCGUUCAAAGGUGAUACCAGAAGCCAAAUACAUGCUAAAAAUGUACUGGGAUGAGGAACUGGCCGAGUUCGCACAGGCCUAUGCGCAGAAGUGCAGGUGGGAACACAACCCGGAUCGUGGGCAGCGAGGCGAGAACCUGUACAUCAUCGGGACCCAGGAGUUGCACCUGCCUAAUGCCGUGGCCGAUUGGUACAACGAGCGCCAUUUCUACGACUUCAAAAAGAAGACAUGCCAGAAAGGCAAGAUAUGCGGCCACUACACCCAGAUAAUCUGGGCAAACACGAACAAGAUUGGCUGUGGCAAGUAUUUUUGUGAGAAAUUGCAGAACAUAAAUAAGAUCAACAUGUAUUUGCUGGUCUGCAACUACCUGCCCCCGGGCAACAUAAGAGGGCGGUCGCCCUAUCGAGAGGGGCCCCAGUGCUCCCAAUGCCCUUCCGUUGACCGCUGCGUGAACGGCCUCUGUGAACCCAUCAGAGACCCGGAAGAGGCUCAGGAUUUGCCUUCCCUAGUAACUGAGGCUUCAUUCUCCUUGGCAUCUGUAGCCUCAGAGGCUGGGAAACAGGGGGUCCCUUCUUCUCUAGCAACUGAGAGUCCCUCCUUUUUGGUAACAGAGGUCCCAGCCUCCCUGGCAACCAGGGCUCAGCCUACCUUAGAAAUUGAGGCCCCAUCUUCUUUAGCAUCGAAAUAUCCCCCAUCCAUGGCAACAGAGGCCCCAUCUUUGUUAACAACAGAGGUGCCUUCCUUUCUGGCAAGUCACAGCCUGUUCUCCUUGGAUGAGAGACCCAUUACUUUCCCCAAAUCAACCCACACACCCACCCCAAAAUUAGCAGACAAAAUGGCCAGCAGUGCAAGAGCACCCUCUGUGAGCCCAGAGACAUUACUGCACCCUGAGAUGUCCCUGACAGGGAUACAGGACCCCUUUCCCCAAGGCCAGGAGAAGGCAAAAACAAGGGGCCCCCACACAUUGCCUCCUUCGGGUGAGGUCUUGGCCUCAGUUUUUGCAGCGCAGGAUGAGCCAGAUGAACUGCAGGCCACCCUGGCCCACAUGGGGCACACCUCCUCCAGGUCCCUGCCCAGCUCCCCCAACACCUCUGCCACCACGACCCUUCAGUCACCCUUGCCAGAUGAAGUCAUCCCUGAAGACCCAGACAGUGAUUUAGGCAUUGAGCCAGUCAUUGAACCAGAAAUCGAAUCAGGCAUCCCGUCAGUUAUGGGAAAGCCAAACAAUGGAAUGCCGAGCAACAUAAAGCCAACCACAGAAAAGCCGACCAUGGUUAAUCCGACCACGGUUAAGCCAACCACGGUUAAGCCGACCACGGUAAAGACGACCACAGAAAGAAUGACCACAACAAAGGCGACCACGAUAACGACCACCAUGGAAAAGACAACCACAGUUAAGCCAACCACGGUUAAGCCGACCACGGUUAAGCCGACCACGGUAAAGACGACCACUGAAGAGAUGACCACUGAAGAGAUGACUAUUGAAGAGCUGACCAUGGAAAAGAUGACUACAGAAACGAUGACCACGGAGAAGACAACCAGGGUAAAACUCAACAACUUAAAGGCCAACAAGGUAAAGCCAACAAAGGUAAAGCCAAGAAAGCCAAACUCGGCCCCUGAUCAUGUCUGGAGCCCCUUCCUGGGACUGCUGCUACUGCCUCCCCUGGUGUUGGCUGGAACCUUCUGAAGGGGCUUCCAGUCAAAGGCAGGGCCUGGUGGGGAAACCCUGACCUCAUGCCCACCCUGGAUUGUCUACCUAAGUCAGAAGCUGCAGCAUCCCGACAGGUCCUACCCUAAAACGACUAGGCUGUUUUAGUAGAAGUUGUAAUUGUUGUCCCAUGAUAAUAUUUUUGAAUUUCAACCUGUCAUUUUUUGAUCAGUUUGAAUUAUAGUUUAUUACUGCACAUUCCUCUUACAUGACAUAUAUCCUUUACUCUUUUUAAAUAAACCAAAAUUACAAACCCCUAGAUACCAUGUUGAAGACAAGUAUUUCACUAAUCUUAAUGUUUUAGAAAAAUGACUAUUAUUUUCUGAAAAUGCCAUGUUCUUACUAUAAAGAAUUGAAAGACAGUUUGAGUGAUUUUCUGAAAACCUCCACCUAGACAUUUCUAGGAUAUUUCUAGCUAGAAGACUAGGUAGAAAUGGUUUUAUUAAAAUGGAGCUAUAGAGUUAUGCUGUCUUAAAAAAUAAAAGUGCUGAAGCCAAUUUUGGUGAAUUUAACAGAGGAAAAAAACAAUGAAGUAGAUAUUUCUUCCAUUCAACACCCCCAAAAAUGUUAGUUGACAAAAGAGCUUUCUGAAAUUAAGAUUGUGAGGAAAACUAAGAAACUGAAAGUGUUUUUAGUAAGGUUUCCUUUUUAGAAGGCACAGUUAAAGGCUCUAAAAAAUGAGAAUUUACCUUUCUCUUUCUCCCACCUCAUUUCCUCCUAUACUUCCCAAUUUCUAUGAAUUAAACCUGUUGAGAUAUUGUCAAA